UGUCAGUUAUGGAGCUGUAGGAGUGCUGCGGAGCUCUCGCCCUUCCCAAGGCUGUUCGCAUUCACUCAUUGUAGUAGCACCAAACGAUCGCACGGGGCUAGCGCCACCCCGACCCGACCGAUUUACGCUGGAUUUAACGGCGCGCAACAGAACUUUGGAUGCGGGCUGACGGGAUUUCCGGAAACGGACUUUAGAUUGAAGUUAAACGCGAAGACAUUUAACAAUAUAACUACGGAGAGGACAGUGGAAGUGAUCUUUUAAGGUGCCUCAGAAAAUCCCAAAGGAACCAGAGUGCGCACAUUAAAGCAAUCGAAACGCGUUUUGUUUGGAGACAUUCGUGCGCUUUUGCGCGUCAUAGCCGCUCAUUCCGGCUCUGUUCUGCAUUUAAUUUCUGUUUCUGUUUAUUAAACGCAUUAAGGCUGGCUUGGUAUUAAUCACGGGCUGUGAGACACUAGUUCGCCGUCACCCGUGUGCGUGGAUCUGAUUAUUCACUUUGAAAGACAUCAUGAGCGCAGUAAAGACUCUUGAGUUUUCAGCUGUAUUUGAGCAGCUGACAGAGAGAGAAUAGAGAAUUACUCCAGACACUAAACGAGGAGAAAACUUCUCUAGUGUUUGCGAAUUGAGGUGUGGAGUGGAUGUGGACUAUGACAGGAUGACUCCUCUAACGCACCUUUUACUCUGUGGAUUAUUGUACUUUAACCAAGUGGAUGGAUCCCGUCUGCGGCAGGAAGACUCUCCGCCCCGCAUUGUGGAACACCCCUCUGAUCUGAUCGUAUCCAAGGGUGAGCCCGCCACCCUAAACUGCAAGGCAGAAGGGCGGCCCACCCCCACCGUGGAGUGGUACAAGGAUGGAGAACGAGUUGAAACCGACAAAGAUGACCCUCGAUCCCACCGCAUGCUCCUACCCACAGGCUCGCUCUUCUUCCUGCGUAUUGUACACGGUCGUCGCAGCAAACCGGACGAGGGGGCGUACGUUUGUGUGGCUCGAAAUUACUUGGGGGAAGCAGUCAGUCGCAAUGCCUCAUUGGAAGUAGCAUUGUUACGAGAUGAUUUCAGACAGAACCCAACAGACGUGGUGGUGGCUGCUGGAGAACCAGCCAUCUUGGAGUGCGUCCCCCCUCGUGGACACCCGGAACCCACCAUCUACUGGAAGAAAGACAAAGUUAGGAUUGAUGAGAAGGAUGACAGGAUCAAGAUCCGUGGAGGGAAGCUGAUGAUCACAAACACGAGGAAGAGUGACACUGGCAUAUAUAUCUGCGUGGGCACCAACAUGGUCGGUGAGAGAGACAGCGAGACUGCCCAGGUCACCGUGUUUGAGAGGCCAACGUUUCUACGGCGGCCCAUUAACCAGGUGGUUCUGGAAGAGGAAGCGGUGGAAUUUCGCUGUCAGGUGCAGGGAGACCCACAGCCCUCAGUUCGCUGGAAAAAAGAUGAAAUUGACAUCCCCCGCGGGAGGUAUGAUAUUAAAUAUGAUAAGGAUCACUAUGUGCUGAGGAUAAAGAAGGCAGUAGCAGGGGAUGAAGGGACCUUCACCUGCGUGGCGGAGAACCGAGUGGGCAAAAUGGAGGCAUCCGCCACCCUCACGGUUAGAGCUCGCCCUGUUGCCGCACCGCAGUUCGUGAUCAGGCCACGAGACCAGAUUGUGGCGCAGGGACGCACCGCCACUUUCCCCUGUGAGACCAAAGGGAACCCACAACCAGCAGUCUUCUGGCAGAAAGAGGGCAGCCAGAACCUCCUAUUUCCAAAUCAGUUGCAGCAACCCAACAGUCGAUUCUCUGUGUCGCCCAGCGGAGAUCUCACCAUCACCACAAUCCAGCGGGCUGACGCAGGGUAUUAUAUCUGCCAGGCCCUGACAGUUGCGGGUAGCAUCCUGGCCAAAGCCCAGCUUGAAGUCACAGACGUGUUGACCGAUCGUCCUCCCCCCAUCAUCCGGCAGGGUCCAGCUAACCAGACUCGGGGUGUGGACAGUGUGGCUCUUCUCAGGUGCCAUGCAUCCGGGGAGCCCGUGCCCACCAUCAGUUGGCUAAAGGACGGGGUCAGUCUUCUGGGGAAAGAUUCGCGUAUGUCCCUGCAAGACCUGGGCAGCCUGCAGAUCAAAGGCUUACGGCUCACUGAUUCUGGUAUAUACACCUGCGUGGCAGCGAGUUCAAGCGGGGAAACAUCGUGGAGUGCUUUCUUGGAAGUCAAAGAGUCUGGUAGUCUUGUGGUGGUUAAGGACAGAGAUGAGAACGAGCUCCCAGGUCCCCCGUCCAAACCUCAGGUUACAGAUGUCACUAAAAACAGUGUGUCGUUGUCCUGGCAACCUGGCCUGCCUGGGGUGUCAACCAUCUCCUCAUAUGUUAUUGAAGCUUUCAGCCAAUCGGUGAGCAACAGCUGGCAGACUGUGGCUGAUCACGUGAAGACCACACAGUACACCAUUAAGGGUCUCCGACCCAACACCAUAUACCUGUUCAUGGUGCGAGCAGUCAAUGUCCAAGGCCUGAGUGACCCCAGCCCCAUGUCUGAACCCGUCCGCACUCAAGACAUAAGUCCUCCAGCUCAGGGUGUGGAUCACAGACACGUACAGAAGGAGCUGGGAGAGGUUAUUGUGAGGCUACACAACCCUGUGGUCCUCAGCCCCACCACCGUACAAGUCACAUGGACGGUGGACCGUCAGUCUCAGUUCAUCCAGGGCUACAGGGUUUUGUACAGGCAGAUGUCAGGGCUGUCCUCCCCCGGGGCAUGGCAGACCCAGGAUGUUAAGGUCCCCUCUGAGAGGAGCAUGGUGCUCUCUGCACUGAAGCAAGGCAUCGUCUACGAGAUCAAAGUCCGUCCAUACUUCAAUGAGUUUCAGGGCAUGGACAGCGAGUCCCGGACAGCCAGAACAACUGAGGAAGCACCCAGUGCCCCUCCUCAGCAGGUGACCGUACUAACAGUGGGCAAUCAGAACAGCACAUCUAUCAGUAUCUCUUGGGACCCUCCACCAGCAGAACAUCAAAACGGCAUCAUCCAAGAAUAUAAGAUCUGGUGUUUAGGGAAUGAGACCCGAUUCCAUGUUAAUAAGACCGUGGAUGCAGCUAUCCGUUCAGUGGUGGUCGGGGGUCUACAGGCAGGGAUCCUGUAUCGGGUGGAGGUAGCCGCUAGCACCAGCGCUGGAGUGGGUGUGAAGAGUGAACCACAAUCCAUUAUUAUUGGUAAGGACUUUCGGGAUGUGAUUGUGAGUGGCAACAGGAACAAUAGUAUAACGGAGCAGAUCACAGACGUGGUGAAGCAGCCGGCCUUCAUCGCGGGCAUCGGAGGGGCCUGCUGGGUCAUUCUGAUGGGCUUCAGUAUAUGGCUCUACUGGAGGAGGAAGAAGAGGAAGGGUCUGAGCAAUUACGCAGUUCAGUCGUUCACCUUCACUCCUGCAGUGACGUUCCAGCGCGUUGAUGGAGGCUUGAUGAGCAACGGGAGUCGUCCUGGUCUACUCAAUGCCAGUGAUUCGGGGUACCCAUGGCUUGCAGACUCCUGGCCGACCACCAGUCUGCCUGUUAACAGCAGUUCUGGAGGACCCAAUGACCUCAACUUCAGUCGUGGAGAUGUGAUGCCCAGUGCCCAAGCAGAUAAGACAGGCACCAUGCUUUCCGACGGAGCCAUUUACAGUAGCAUCGACUUCACCACCAAAGGUGGCUUCUGCAGUCCAAGCCCCACCUCCCAGGCCACGCCCUAUGCCACCACCCAGAUCCUCCAUUCCAGCAGCAUCCACGAACUCGCUGUAGAUCUACCUGAAGCCCAAUGGAAGACCUCCAUGCAGGCGAAACAGGAGAUGGCCAGCCUGGGUUACUCACUGCCAGACAAGAACUCCUGCAACAACACACUCCUUUUCAUUCCUGACUACCGAUUGGCUGAUGGAUUGUCUAAUAGAAUGCCCCACAACCAAUCACAGGAUUUCAGCACCACCAGCUCCCACAGCAGCUCAGUUCGGAGCAACAGUCUAUCAGGUGGGAAAGGGGGUAAGAAGAAGAAGACCAAAGCAAACGCCAAGCCCACCAAGAUGAAUGGAUCCAGCUGGGCUAAUGUCCCCCUGCCACCCCCUCCUGUCCACCCUCUUCCGGGCACCACUACACAUCAUAUGGACCACUACACAUCAGAACACCAUGAUGGAGGAGGCUAUGAGAGUGAUGGUUGGGGCCCACCGUUGCCUGUGCAGACAUACCUGCACCAGGGUUUAGAAGAUGAGCUGGAGGAAGAAGAGGAACGUGUGCCCACUCCUCCCAUCCGGGGCGUUGCGUCCUCACCUGCAGCGGUGUCAUUUGGCAAACAGUCCACAGCCACACUGAGCCCCUCUCCACGUGAGGAAAUACAACCCAUGCUCCAGGCCCACCUCGACGAACUUACACGCGCUUACCAGCUGGACUUGGACAAACAGACUUGGCACAUGCAGGGUGGGCCUUACCCACCCCAGGCCCCAGCGCCGCCCGUGGGCUACAUUUCCAGCACCCUAGUGUCCGACAUCGAGACGGACCUCCCUGAUGAAGAUGACUAUGAUGAAGAGGACGAAGGAUACGAGAUGUCACCACCAAUUAGGGGCAUCGAACACACGCCAGGCUCCAGCAUGGACAACUUGGACAGCUCGGUUACGGGCUCCAUGGUGAAUGGCUGGGGUUCAGCUUCAGAGGAAGACGACCGAAACUUCUCCAGCCAGAGGUCUAGUGCUGGCAGUUCCUCUGACGGCUCGCUCUUCACCCAUUGCAACUUUGCACAAGCUCUAGUGGCGGCCGCAGACAAGGCUGGCUACCGUCUGGACGGCACCAGCCUAAGCAAAAGAGAUAAAGGUCUUUCUCAUAGACAUCGUCCUGCCAGCCCAUUCUCCACAGAUGGAAGCACGGUGGGCACACAUAGCCUGGGUCACCAGCGGGCGGCAAGGCCCACCCGCAAACACAAAGGCCCUGGCACUGCCCCACACCGCCGCGAUGCCAGCGCGGAUGACCUGCCCCCACCACCAGAGCCUCCACCCUUUCAGACACCAUGCAUCCCGGGGGUAAGGAGUGCGAAUAACUUGCCCAACCCCUCUGAUCGGAAGGCCUCCUCGCUGGAGAGGCAGCCACUGAUGGGCCUGGAGGAGAUGAAAAGCUCAUUGGACCGGCAGGCAAGAACCUCACUGGAGCGCCACUGGCAAGCGCAGGACAGACUGGGGUCCAUAGACCAAGGAGACCAAAAUAGAAGAGGACAGAAAAAUGGUCCUGGUUCAGAAGAGGUCAUAUUGCCAUACAACAAACCAUCAUUCCCUUCCCCUGGGGGCCACAGCUCAUCCGGAACAGCCUCCUCUAAAGGGUCAACAGGUCCUCGUAAAGGAGAGGGGUCAAGGGGUCAGCACCAGCGCUCCACCACGGAGCAGUCGGACAGCAGUUAUAUGGGGACUAGCACGCAGUACUCUGGAGAGUUAUAGUGAGACUUUUUGAUGGAAACUGAAGAAUGCCUUUAUCUGCUCUGGAAAUGCCUCACCUAAUUGGUGCAAGUGACUCGUGAAGCUUCAGAUGGAAGAAGGGGGAAAAAAAGACAAAAAAUAUGAAAACAACAAUCUGUAAAUGUGAUGUAAAGAUGGACAUGCAACCUACAAGUUCCACAGCAUCCCUCACCUUCCUCGUUAAACUAUUCAUUCACGAAAAAAGAAAAAUGUCAGGAAACAGAAGGCCGCCUAGACUUUGGUGAACUUGCGAAAAGGGAAUCAAAUUUCCUGUAAAUAUAUUAUUGACGUCGGAGAUUGAAAAUGGCAUUAUUGUUAUUGCAUUGCUAUGCAAGCCGAGUUCAGUUUCCACUCUCCUCCCUCUUACGCUGUUGGUCGUUGUAUGAUAUGUGAAUCGAUGGGCUGUAGUGCCAUAGAAAUUAUGUUGUCAUCCAUCAUUUGUUUAUACUUCUCAUGAAUUGUUGUCAUUAUAAUAAUUACAAUUAUUAUAAUUAAUUAUUUUCGUUUGCACUGCAAUUUUGGUGAUAAGCACAAAACCAUAGCUCCUGCUGACAUGAAGAAUUGGAGGAAAGGAAGGGGAGUUUCUGUACUGUAACUAGAGAUAAGAGAAUAUAUUGCCAUGUAAAGAGAUAUAUUAAGAUAUGUCUGUAAAAGAUGUAAAAGACUUGUAGUUCUGACGAAACGUAAUUUUGUAAGUUAUGAACUUUUCACAGUUGGAUUCCUCUUAGUUUACAGUAGAGGAACUGGACCCACUCCAUUCUGCAUAUAGGCAAAAUAGUCACAGAUGGGUUGGAAAACUGUUUGCAGGGAAAUUUAUCCUAAGUGAUUCUAUUUUGAACAGAUCCAACCACCCUUCUAGUUCUCUUUAAUUAUCUCAAAUCCAGUCCACUUGGUCCAAUUGGAAUAUUUUCAGACCAGAUUCUUUAAAGGGAUGGUUCAACCAAAAAUGAGAAUUCUGUUACCAUUUAUUCACCCUCAACAACAGAGUAAAUCAUGACAGAAUUUUUAUUUUUGGGUGAACUCUUUCACUACACUGGACUAAAGGUACCAAACUUUAAUUCGCCCCACACCUGCCCCUCUUUGUUUGUUGCUUGAGUACGUUUUGUUUACAUGUCAGGCUAAUUUAUUUACUCUUAUGAUUUUCUUUU